ACAAGGAACGUGGUCAAUGUUCGUAGGGUUUGAAAAGAAAUGUGGUCAAACAUCACGUACCUACUAGUACCAUCCUGAACAUUCCUUUCAAGUCGCGAUGGCCUCGGGUUCAAGAAAAAAUAUCGUUCUCUUUGGGCAGGGAGGAGCAGGCAAAAGUUCACUCGUCAAUCUCAUGGCAGGAAAUAACGUAGCAAGAACAUCCAUUGACGUGAAGCGCUGCACGCUCAAGUGGGAAAAAUAUCCCGUCGCAUUCGAUGGCGGUCAUUAUAAUAUAUUCGAUACUAUUGGACUCGAGGAACCACAGCUGGGAGUCUCACAGUACCUCGAUGCUGUUGAGAACGCCCACAGCCUCAUCCAGACAUUGGAUAGCCAAGGAGGCAUUGAUUUACUCAUGUUCUGCAUGCGCGCAGGCCGACUCACCGCUACGCUUCUAAACAACUACCGGCUCUUUAACGAAUUCCUUUGUGAAAAAAAGGUCCCCAUUGUUAUAGUAAUCACAUACCUCGAAAACGAAGAAGGAGAAAUGGAUGAAUGGUGGAAGAGAAACAAAGAAACUUUCCGUGACCAGGGGUUCCAUGUCGCUGGUCAUGCGUGCAUCACCGCCAUUCGAGGCAGUUGUCCAGAACGGCAUGCGCAAUCGCGCACCACGAUCCACGAACUUGUCAAGGAGUCUACUGCCGAUGGGCAGAGACAAGCGUGGAAAGGAGGAGACAAUCUGUUCGUGUCGUUGAUGCAAAAGCUGAGAGAGCUACUCUUAGGGAAACCGCGUUCGAAGAAGGAGAUUGCCUCUCGCCUCACCAAGAGGUGUGGUUUGUCUCUGGACGUCGCAAAGCAGUUGGCUGAUAGGAUCAAGAAAGACGUGGCGGAAGGAGCUACUUGACUUGACCAGUGACCUCCCGUGCCCGAUAGCCUGUGCUUAUUCCGGUCGUAGACUAUGAAA